ACCCUGUCACCUUCCUCUGUGGCUGGUGAAGAUGAGCUUGGGCAGCACAGUGUGGUCCUUGCCUGCUCCUCCCUGGGGCUGCCCAGACAGGACCAGCCAUGGUGGUGUCCCCACUGGGUUGGUGCCGGGUUCCCCAGGUGCAGGGGCCGCUGGUGGCGAUGUCCCUGUCCCCCCCAGGACUGCAGAGGGCUCUCCAGGCCAGGGGUAGCUUGUCCUACCCCUUCUAACCUCCCUCCUGGGGCAGACCCUGCUGAGUGGUGGCACCCAUGUGGUAGCCUGUGGUCACCCUGGUCUUGCCUAUGCUCCCUCAAGUCUGGUCCUCAAGGGGCUAGAGAUGGCUUCCAGCCCGGCACCACCACCAGGUCCCUGUUCUGGCCCCUUGCAGCUGGGAUGGCCAGGACAUGGCACUACUAGGAGCCCGGAGGCCAUUUGAUGCCACCGAUGUUCUGGCUUACGGCCACCACCAUCUGCCCUGCCAAGCUGCUGACCCAUCCGGUGCUUCCCUGCCCUGGGCUGUCCCUUGUCCCUGCCAGAAGCCCAUCUUCACCAGCCGCUGCCUGUUGCGGCUGUGCUAACAGCACUGACCUGCCUCUAACCACAGAGCCGCCGGCCGGGCCGCUGCGCGCAGGGCCCCUGCCUGGCGCUGCCAGGUGACAGCCUCUGGUCCCCUUUGGGCAGGGCCCUCCUGCGCUUGCCCUGUCCCAGGGAAGGAUGUGGAAAGACCCUGGCAGGGACGAUGGCUCAGUGCCGGCUGAGGGGGGAAGCUUUCUACACGGCGGCCCCGCUCACGUCGGCCGGGAUCCUGCCCGUCAUGCAGUCCCUGUGCCCUGAUGGCCAGCGCGACGAGUUCGGCUUCCUGCAGUACUCCAACUCCACGGUGACACAGCUCCUGGAGCACCUCAGUGAAGCUGUGGAGCAGAGCAGCCUCUUCGACCCGCAGCACCCGGGGCUGGAGGAGGAGCUGGAGUCGCUGCGCCGGCGCCUGGAGGCACUGAGCAGCAGCGAGCCCAGCUCCAUGGAGACCCACUUCAGGAACCCAGCAGGAUCCGGCUUCACAUUGGCGUGGGCAGCCAAGGACCGGGGCGAGCUGCAGCGCUUCCUGACGCGGAACCUGUCCCUGCCCAACAGCACAGCUGAGCUGCUCCUGGGCUCCAGCAUUGACCUGCAUGAGGUGUACCGCCUGUUCUUCGGUUCCUUUCCUUUGGUACCCGAUGAGACCCAUGAACGAGACCUGUGGGAUGGGUUUGGCCCUGGUGAGAAGAUGACACAGCUGGAGAAGAGCCUCCCCAGUGGCUGGAGGAGCCUGCGGGAAGGGCUGGUCCACCGGGCGCUGCGGGACCCUGCGGCAGCCCCGCGCCGGCCAGCACUGCUCCGCCUGCUCUCCCAGGCCCUGGGCCUUGCCAGCACCACUGCAGCGCCCACCGCCUCCGACAGCCCCCAGGCCUUUGUCACCGAGAUGGAGGGCGUCCUCUUCACCGGGCCGGUGCUGGAGCAGCUGACGUGUGAGCAGAGCCCAGGGGGACUGCGCCGCCUCCUUCGCGUGGCCCCCGCGCAGCAGCCGCUGCUGCAGACGUACCGGGCGCUGGCCUGCAACGGCAGCCGGGCCGCCCGCCGGGAGCGCUUUGCCCAGCUGGCCACCGAGCUCCGGGAGCAGCUGGACACCCCCAGGAUUGUCAGCAGACUGAAGCUGGAUGAGGUGAACAGCACGGCCGCCCAGCACCGCCUCCGCGCCCUCCUGGAGGACCUAGCAGAGAUGGAGAAGGUUCUCCGUGAUGUGGACAUCCUGUCGGCGCUGGCCAAGCUGCUGCCCAGGGGAGCCUGUGUCAGCAAGGCCCCGCUGCCCACUGCCAAUAGCACUGGCUGGGCCAGUGCCAAUGCCACGGCUGGCAACACCACAGCAGAGGAGGAGGGAGCUGGGGGUGGCCCAGCCGGCAGCGACAACCCUCAGGGGCAGUUCUCGGCAUUUGUGCAGCUCUGGGCCGGGCUGCAGCCCAUCCUCUGCGGCAACAACCGGACGAUUGAACCUGAGGCGCUGAAGCAGGGCAACAUGAGCUCGCUGGGCUUCACCAGCAAGGAGCAGCGGAACCUAGGCCUUCUCGUGCAUCUGAUGACCAGCAACCCCAAAAUCCUGUAUGCACCCGUGGGCACCGAAGUGGACAAAGUCAUCCUGAAGGCCAAUGAGACCUUUGCCUUUGUGGGCAAUGUCACCCACUAUGCCAAGGUGUGGCUGAACAUCUCCCCUGAGAUCCGUGCCUACCUGGAGGAGGGCAGGCUGCAGAGACGCAUCCGCUGGCUCCAGCAGUUCACCGCUGACCUCCACAAGCACCCAGAGAUCCUGAAUGUCUCUGACAGCGAUGUUCUCCACAACUUCCUCAACGGCAACUUCUCCCUGCCCAAUGCCAGCAUCCUGCUCCAGCAGCUGGACACCAUCGACAAUGCCGCCUGUGGCUGGGUCCACUUCAUGGCCAAGGUCAGUGUGGACAUCUUCAAAGGCUUCCCAGAUGAGGAGAGCAUUGUCAACUACACACUGAACCAGGCCUACCAGGACAACGUCACAGUCUUUGCCAGUGUCAUCUUCCAGACCAACAAGGACGGCUCAUUGCCGCCCCACGUCAUGUACAAGAUCCGACAGAACUCCAGCUUCACGGAGAAGACCAAUGAGAUCCGACGGGCGUACUGGCGGCCUGGCCCCAACACUGGUGGCCGCUUCUACUUCCUUUAUGGCUUUGUCUGGAUCCAGGACAUGAUGGAGCGUGCUCUCAUCAACACGUUCGUUGGCCAUGACGUGGUGGAGCCCGGCAACUAUGUGCAGAUGUUCCCAUACCCGUGUUAUACCCGGGAUGACUUUCUCUUUGUCAUCGAGCAUAUGAUGCCCCUGUGCAUGGUGAUCUCCUGGGUCUACUCAGUGGCCAUGAUGAUCCAGCACAUUGUGACGGAGAAGGAGCAUCGCCUGAAAGAGGUGAUGAAGAUGAUGGGCUUGAACAACGCAGUGCAUUGGGUAGCGUGGUUCAUCACAGGCUUCGUCCAGCUCUCCAUCUCGGUCACAGCACUCACCGCCAUCCUGAAGUACGGCAAGGUCCUGAUGCACAGUGAUGUCCUCAUCAUUUGGCUCUUUCUUGCCAUCUAUGCAGUGGCUACCAUCAUGUUCUGCUUCUUGGUGUCGGUGCUGUACUCCAAGGCCAAGCUGGCCUCUGCCUGCGGUGGCAUCAUCUAUUUCCUUAGCUACGUGCCCUACAUGUACGUCGCCAUCCGGGAGGAGGUGGCGCAUGACAAGAUCACAGCCUUUGAGAAGUGCAUUGCGUCCCUCAUGUCCACCACAGCCUUUGGGUUGGGCUCCAAGUACUUUGCACUGUACGAGGUGGCCGGUGUGGGCAUCCAGUGGCACACCUUCAGCCAGUCGCCUGUGGAAGGAGACGACUUCAACCUCCUCCUGUCCAUGAUGAUGCUGAUUGUGGAUGCUGUGGUGUAUGGGGUGCUCACGUGGUACAUUGAGGCUGUGCACCCGGGCAUGUUCGGCUUGCCGCGGCCCUGGUACUUCCCCUUCCAGAAGUCCUACUGGCUGGGCAACGGGCGAGUGGAGACCUGGGAGUGGACCUGGCCCUGGUCCCACACCACGCGCCUCAGCAUCAUGGAGGAGGAUCAGGCCUGCGCCAUGGAGAGCCGGCGGCUGGAGGAGACUCGGGGCAUCGAGGAGGAGCCAACCCACCUCCCCUUGGUCGUCUGCAUUGACAAGCUCACCAAGGUUUACAAGACAGACAAGAAGCUGGCGCUGAACAAGCUGAGCCUCAACCUCUAUGAGAACCAGGUGGUGUCUUUCCUGGGGCACAAUGGUGCAGGCAAAACCACCACCAUGUCCAUCCUCACCGGCUUGUUCCCUCCCACCUCGGGUUCUGCUACCAUCUAUGGCCAUGAUAUCCGGACAGAGAUGGAUGAGAUCCGGAAGAACCUGGGCAUGUGUCCCCAGCACAACGUGCUCUUCGACAGGCUGACAGUGGAGGAGCACCUCUGGUUCUACUCGCAGCUCAAGAGCAUGGCGGAGGAGGAGAUCCGCAGGGAGAUGGACAAGAUGAUUGAGGACCUGGAGCUCUCCAACAAACGCCACUCCCUGGUGCAGACCCUCUCAGGGGGCAUGAAGAGGAAGCUGUCGGUGGCCAUUGCUUUUGUGGGUGGGUCACGGGCUGUGAUCUUGGAUGAGCCCACGGCUGGCGUGGACCCGUAUGCACGCAGGGCCAUCUGGGACCUGAUCCUCAAGUACAAGCCAGGGAGGACCAUCCUGCUCUCCACACACCACAUGGACGAGGCUGACCUGCUGGGUGACCGCAUCGCCAUUAUCUCCCACGGCAAACUCAAGUGCUGCGGCUCUCCACUCUUCCUCAAGAGCACCUAUGGUGAUGGCUACAAGCUGACAGUGGUGAAGAAGCAGUCAGACACCAGGAACAGCACAGAGCCCGGCCAGCCGCACAGCCCACUGGCCCACUCCUCCAUCAGCCCCUGCUCCGAGCCUCGUGUCUCCCAGUUCAUCAAGAAAUAUGUGGCCUCCUGCCUCCUCAUCUCGGAUACCAACACUGAGCUCUCCUACAUCCUGCCCAGCGAGGCCGUCAAGAAAGGCUGUUUUGAGAGGCUCUUCCAGCACUUGGAGCACAGCCUGGAGGAGCUGGACCUCACCAGUUUUGGGCUGAUGGACACCACGCUGGAGGAGGUCUUCCUGAAGGUGUCUGAGGAGGACCAGUCUCUGGAAAACAGCGACGUGGACAUGAAGGAGUCCAAGAAGGACACCCCGCAGUCACCCGCUCCUGAGCUGGGCCCGAAGCCUGAGGCCAAUGGGGAGCCCUUGGCUGAAGCGGCCGUGCCGGAGAAACCCGAGGUGGAGCUCAGCAACCUGGUGACCUGCUCCAAGCUGGCGCAGUCGCAGGCGUCCCUGCGCUCAGCCUCCUCGGUGGGCUCCGUGCGGGGUGAUGAAGGUGGGGCUUAUUCCGAAUUCUUUGGGGAUUACGCACCCCUGUUUGAUAACCGUCAGGACCCCGAUAACAUCAGCCUGCAAGACCAAGAGGUGGAGGCAGAGGACGGUGACCUGGCUGGGCAGGGGAGCUUCAAGCUGGAGGGCUCAUGGCUGAAGCUGCGCCAGUUCCACGGGCUGAUCGUCAAACGCUUCCACUGCGCCAAGCGCAACACCAAGGCACUCUUCUCGCAGAUCCUCCUGCCUGCUUUCUUCGUCUGCGUGGCCAUGACCGUGGCGCUCUCUGUGCCCGAAAUAGGUGACCUGCCGCCCCUCAUUCUCUCACCAUCGCAGUACCACAACUACACCCAGCCCAAGGGCAACUUCAUUCCGUACGCCAAUGAGGAGCGUCGUGAGUACCGCAUCAGGCUGUCUCCUGAUGCCAGCCCCCAGCAGCUGGUGAACACCUUCCACCUGCCCUCCGGCGUGGGGGCCACCUGUGUGCUCAAGACGGCCUUCAACAACACGCUGGACCAGCCCAUGCAGACCCUCAACCUCAACAGCAACGAGUCCAAGAUGCUGGCGGCCAAGUACUUUGAUGCCAUGUGUAUUGACUCCUUCACCCAGGGCCUGCCGCUCUCCAACUUUGUGCCGCCGCCUCCAUCCCCAGCUCCCUCCGACUACCCCAUCUCAGUGGAUGAGGACCUGCUCCGUGCCUGGAACUCCUCAACCUUUUCCUCUGCCAUCAAAGAGACCGUCACCUCGGCCCCCGCCCUGCCCCACGUCAUCCACGAGCCCAUCAAGUGCACGUGCUCCAUGCAGGGGACCGGCUUCUCCUGCCCCAGCGGCGUGGGGGGCCACCCCCCGCAGAUGAAGGUGGUGACAGGGGACAUCCUCGCAGACAUCACAGGGCGCAACGUCUCAGAGUAUCUGCUCUACACCUCAGACCGCUUCCGGCUGCACAGGUAUGGGGCACUCACCUUCGGCAACGUCCAGAAAUCCAUCCCAGCCUCCUUCGGGGCCAGGGCUCCUGCCACGGUGCGCAAGAUCGCUGUCCGGAGAACAGCCCAGGUCUUCUACAACAACAAGGGCUACCACAGCAUGCCCACCUACCUCAACGCUCUCAACAAUGCCAUCCUGCGAGCCAACUUGCCCAAGAGCAAAGGCAACCCUGCUGCCUACGGCAUCACAGUCACCAACCACCCCAUGAACAAGACGAGCGCCAGCCUGUCCCUGGAUUACCUCCUGCAAGGGACGGACGUGGUGAUUGCCAUCUUCAUCAUCGUGGCCAUGUCCUUUGUGCCAGCCAGCUUUGUUGUGUUCCUGGUGGCUGAAAAGGCCACCAAGGCCAAACACCUGCAGUUCGUGAGUGGUUGUGACCCUGUCAUCUACUGGUUGGCCAACUACGUGUGGGACAUGCUGAACUACCUGGUGCCGGCCACAUGCUGCAUCAUCAUCCUGUUCGUGUUCGACCUCCCGGCGUACACCUCUCCUACCAACUUCCCCGCUGUGCUUUCCCUCUUCCUGCUCUAUGGCUGGUCCAUCACCCCCAUCAUGUACCCUGCGUCCUUCUGGUUUGAGGUGCCCAGCUCUGCCUACGUCUUCCUCAUCGUCAUCAACCUCUUCAUCGGCAUCACAGCCACCGUUGCCACGUUCCUGUUGCAGCUCUUUGAGCAUGACAAGGAUCUGAAGGUGGUGAACAGCUACCUGAAGAGCUGCUUCCUUGUGUUCCCUAACUACAACCUGGGCCAUGGCUUGAUGGAGAUGGCCUACAAUGAGUACAUCAAUGAAUACUAUGCCAAGAUUGGGCAAUUUGAUAAAAUGAAAUCGCCCUUUGAAUGGGAUAUCGUGACACGGGGGCUCGUUGCCAUGACAAUUGAAGGCUUCGUGGGCUUCUUCAUCACCAUCAUGUGCCAGUACAACUUCUUCCGGAAGCCCCAGCGUCUGCCCGUGUCCACCAAACCCAUCGAGGACGACAUCGAUGUGGCCAAUGAGCGGCACCGUGUCCUGCGUGGUGAUGCUGACAACGACAUGCUGAAGAUCGAAAACCUCACCAAGGUGUACAAAUCCCGCAAGAUUGGGCGCAUCCUGGCCGUGGACCGGCUGUGCGUGGGCGUGCGGCCCGGGGAGUGCUUUGGGCUGCUGGGCGUCAAUGGCGCGGGCAAGACAACCACCUUCAAGAUGCUGACGGGGGAUGAGAGCACCACGGGUGGAGAGGCCUUCGUUAACGGGCACAGCAUCCUGAAGGAACUCCUGCAGGUCCAGCAGAGCUUGGGCUACUGCCCCCAGUUCGACGCACUCUUCGAUGAGCUGACGGCACAGGAGCACCUGGAGCUCUACACGCGCCUGCGGGGCAUCCCCUGGAAGGAUGAGGAACGGGUGGUCAAGUGGGCGCUGAAGAAGCUGGAGCUGACCAAGUAUGCGGACAAGCCUGCCAGCACCUAUAGCGGAGGAAACAAGAGGAAGCUGUCCACGGCCAUCGCGCUGAUCGGAUACCCAGCCUUCAUCUUCCUGGAUGAGCCCACCACAGGGAUGGACCCCAAGGCACGGCGCUUCCUCUGGAACCUCAUCCUGGAUGUCAUCAAAACGGGUCGCUCCGUGGUGCUCACGUCCCACAGCAUGGAGGAGUGCGAGGCGCUCUGCACCCGCCUGGCCAUCAUGGUGAACGGGCGGCUCAAGUGUCUUGGCAGCAUCCAGCACCUGAAGAACCGGUUCGGAGAUGGCUACAUGAUUACAGUGCGCACCAAGUCCAGUCUCAACAUCAAGGAGGUGGUGAGGUUCUUCAACCGCAACUUCCCUGAGGCCGUCCUCAAGGAGCGGCACCACACGAAAGCCCAGUACCAGCUGAAGUCGGACCAGAUCUCGCUGGCACAGGUCUUCAGCAAGAUGGAGCAGGUGGUGGAUGUGCUGGGUAUUGAAGACUACUCGGUCAGCCAGACCACGCUGGACAACGUGUUUGUGAAUUUUGCCAAGAAGCAAAGUGACAACCUGGAGCAGCAGGAGACGAGCCCCAGCUGCGCGCUGCAGUCGCCCCUGGAGCGCGUGCUGAGCCUGCUGCGCCCCCGGGCCGCCCCCACGGAGCUGCGGGCCCUGGUGGUGGAGGAGCAGGAGGACCUGGAGACGGACGAUGAAGGUCUCAUCAGCUUUGAGGAGGAGAGGGCUCAGCUCUCGUUCAACACGGACACGCUGUGCUGAGGCCCUGGGGGCAGCCACGUCCCCCAGCUCUGAAGCCACCAGCCCCUUUUGGCCUCUCCCCUCUCUUUGCCCCAUCGAGCGGAGCCGCCACGGCCAGAGGCGAGUGCCAGGGAGGACAUGGCAGGUGUGGUGCCAGCCUCGAUGGACCUCAUGAGCCACUGCCCACCAGCUCACCUUUGUCCCGUUCAGUGUCACUGCGUGGUGCUGUGGGCUCGCCCGGCCAGCGCCUGCCACGGACAGAGACUGCAAGGAGAAGGACGCAGCUUGGGGCUGGUGCUGCCAGCCCUGUGUGCCUCGUGGUGGGGAUGAGACCUGUGAGCGGUGCCUUCGCUUGGGACACCCAUCCUGCACCCCCCAGGACUCCUGGCAGCGGGGACACCUGGCAGCAGCAGCACGCCAGGCCUGGCCAUGGCAGGGCCGGAGGAAGGAUGGCUGCUUGCUCCUCGUUCCAGCACCCCUGGCUUAGCCCUUGGCACUGUGGGGGGCUCAGGGCCCAGGAGCUCCGGUUCUUCACCUGCAAUUGACUCCUAUCACCAAGAGGAUGUCACUGCACCCUCCAGCCUGUCCAAGAGAGGGGCCUCAGCCCCCUGGCUGUCCUGCCUGUCCAUGCUGUGCCAGGCGUGGGCUGGGCACUCAGCACCAUCGCCCAGGCAGGGGACACCUUCCGGGGCAGGGGGAUAUUUCACAGGGUAUUUCACAUGCUGGCACCAGCUCUUUCUCCCCUCUGUCCCCAACCACAUCCCUCCUGCAGAGCCCCUUACCUGCCUCCUGCGCCCUCCCUGCCCGCUUCCCCCGCCACAGGGCAUUGCUGCAGCUGUGCCACCUUUCUGCUCCGUCCCCUCUUUUGCCCCCUUGCCCUGGCACUCAUUGUUCAGCCUCUGGCCCUCUGCAGGAGCCACUGGCACUGGUUUCUUCUUGUUGGGUCCCUCGUGGUACUGGGAGAGGGGAUGCUGCACCCCAGGAUGGGAGUGACUGGCCUUGAGGUACAAGGAUGAUACAGCCCGCUUGGGUGCAGCACAGCCUGGCCCAGCGUGGUGAGGCUGGCACUGUCACUGGGGACAGCAGUGUCCCCUGGGGCUGGCAGUGUCACCGAGUCGGCAGCAGGUGCUCCCUGGGCCAGCAGUGCUCCUCCUUUCUGCAGAGGGUCCUGCAGCUUUGCCAUCCGCGGGGGCCGUGCCCAGCACCCCCAGCCCAGCCCGUGUGUCCUUUCUGCCAUCCUGGCCCGGGUUUGGCGGGCAGCCCUGGGCACCCCAGUUUGCUGCCACGGGGCAGCGUGUGGCAGGGGAAGGGGGGUCAGGGCCAGGCCUGGAAGCAGGGGCAGACCCAGGUGGCAGCUGACCCUGCGCUGUGCCCAUGCCCCCCACUCUCACCAGCCCUGUAUGCCACCUGGUAUAGAUUGUGAUACAAUAUACAGUAUUUUCAAUAGGGGAAAAACUGGGGGGGAGAUAAGCUCUAUUUUCAGAUUUUUCAGACCAUAUUUUUUUUAAUGGCAUACCGGAAACUGGCUGGUCCUGGGGUGGGCGGAUGGCGCAGGUGGGCAGCCCCCCCGGGUGCCCCUUGGUCCCUUGCUGCGCACACUCUGCUUUUCCGGGUGGGCACUGGUAGACGAGCCAGCACGGAGUGAGCCCUUUGCCCCCAGGGAGAGAGGGGAUGGUGUCAGCUUUGGGUGCCCAGUUGUGACCUCAGUGGUGACACCCUUAGGGCACCCCCGGGUGGGCAGGGUGCCCUGCGCUGUGCUCUGGCCAGGGCUGUGUCCUCACCCCAUGUCCUCACUGCCGUCCUGCUCGGGGCUCCACCCCUCCACAGAGCUGCCCCCACCCGCUGCUGUGCCACCGCCCCCAUGCCCCAUGGCUUUCCAUGGUCAAUGGAGAUGCUUUAGUGCCCACGCAGCUGGGGUGCCCAUGGUGGCCUCCCGCAGGCACAGACCCCGCUGGGGGUGGCAGUGGGGAGUGGGCGGGAGGGCAUUGCCCCAGCGCGGGGGUGGCUGUUGCCUUAACACUAUUCGCUUCGUUGAGUCUGGCCCCGCUUUCCUCCUCAUCUCCCGCUCCACGUCCUCGGCCACCAGCUGCAGGCACAAUGCUGGCGCCACGCACGGCCCUGGGCACGGGGCACCCCCAGGGGUGGGGACGCCUUGGAGGAGCCUGUACAUUGCAAGCAAAAGAAACAAAACAAUGAAAUGUGAAAAUAAUGAUCGUUUUAAAUAAAAAAAUAAUAACUGGA